UCUCAUCAGAUAGUUUUCCUUGGACCCCACCACUAACAUAUUAUAAAUGUGCACAUCUCCCACUAUGGUCUAUAUAGUUGAGCCAUUAUUGAGGUCAUAUUUUAAUUAAAAACAUUUAAACACGGGUUAUGUAUAAUAAUUAAUAAUUGAUAAUAAUAUUGUGUUUACCUAACUGCAGUCAUGACUUGUCUAUGAUAAAAUAAUUUAAUGCUUCCAGGGUGUCUGCUACAGGGUAUAUGCGUACACUUUACGUUUUAAUGACCACAAAUAUCAUUACAACAGUUAUUACUUAUUUACCAAUGCUAUUAUGACUUUUUUAAUUCAUUCAGGUUUUCGAGUUGCCAUAUUACAACUGACUGUUACAGCCGACAAACCAACUAAUGUGGCUAUCGCGGUGGAAAGAAUACAGAUGGCAAAGAUUAAUGGUUGCACAUUAGCCAUACUGCCCGAAUGUUUCAACGCACCAUAUGACACUGCCUUGUUCAGACAAUAUGCUGAAGUUAUUCCUGGUGGCAAGACAUGUAAUGCUCUGUCUCGAGCUGCUAAAUUAAAUCAAAUGUACAUUGUUGGUGGUUCAAUUCCAGAGAUAUGUGAUGAAAAAGUUUACAACACGUGUACAGUUUGGGAUCCUGAUGGAAAUUUGAUAGCCAAACAUAGAAAAGUGCAUUUAUUUGAUGUAAGCAUACCUGGUAGUACUUGCUUCAAAGAAUCUGAUGCCAUGUCUGCGGGCAAUACACUUAAUACGUUUCAGUUGGGAAAAUUUAAGAUUGGGCUAGGCAUUUGUUAUGAUAUAAGAUUUUCAGAGAUGGCAGCAUUAUAUCGAAAACAAGGAUGUGAUAUGUUAAUAUACCCUGGUGCAUUUUGUACGGAGAUUGGACCUUUACAUUGGAAUUUAUUAACUAGAUUUAGAGCUAUGGAAAAUCAAGCAUUUGUAGCUGUUGCUUCUCCAGCCAGAGUUACUGAUUCCAGUUAUGUAGCAUGGGGUCAUUCAAUGAUUGUGGAUCCAUGGGGUAAAGUUUUAGGUGAAGCUUCUGAAAAGGAUAUGGAUUUAUACAGAGAUCUUGACUUUGGUGUACGAGAAAACAUAAGACAGCAAAUACCCACGGAAUAUCAGAGAAGAACUGACAUAUAUGACACAAUUUUGAUAUAACAAAUAAAAUAAAUAAUUAAUAUUGAUCUGUUUAUGAAAACCAUAUAUAUUAAUGACUUGAACCUAACCAAGUCAAUAUUUGAAGCACUGCAAUUAUUACUAAUAUAAUUCAAAUAACAUGUUUAUCAAAUGUAAUUAAUAUAUUGAAAAAUUUAAAUAUCUUUAGUUUGAAAAAUAAAUCUAAAUUUGAAUUAUCAAUAUUUCAAGUAAUUGUCGAUUAAGACUAAAAAAAAAAAAAAUACCUAUAAUAUAUUAUAUAAAGCCAUUCAGGCAAUAUUACAAAAUAGAUAUUAUUGUUCUUUUUUUUUUUUUUUUUGAAUAAAUAAUAAAUAAAUAACAUGUUUAUUUGCUUAAUAUUAUUCUGUGGACUUAAUUUGAAAUUAAAGUUAAUAAGCUGAUAAGUGUUUUGUUAAAAACGAUAAUAUAAAUACUAAUUCUUAAUUAAUGUCUAGAAAGAAAAAAGUUAUUUCGAUGCUAUUUAAUUUUGCUUGGUAUUUUUUAUAAAUGUUUAAGAUAUUUUAUUUUUACUGUGGAAUUGUCUAUUACCUAUUAGUAAAACAAUUAAAAGUAUUUUUUUAUUACAGUGAGUUUGUUAUAUACCUAAGAAUUAUUAAAAAAAAAUAAAGACUUUUAACUUGAGUACUUUUUGAUAAAUGCAUUGUAAAACGUGUGCAGAAAAUAAUAUUGUCCCAUAAAAGUUAUCCUACCUGAGUGAAUAAUAAAAUAAAAAACUGAAUAAAGAAUAAGACAAAUUAGGAAAACAAAAUACUUUUUUUAAUUUAUAAAUAUAUAAAAAUAAAAUCAAACUUUUGUCUUUUUAGAACCAAUAAAGACAUAAAUGUCAUAACUUAACAAAUAACAAAUUAAUUCUUAAUAAUAAUAUUUACAAAAAUGUAACUUUAUACAAAAUAAAAA